AUGUUUCAUCUAAUUCCAAACGAGCAAGAACCAGAUUACAAGGAUAAAAACGAAUCCAAUGAACUUCAUUAUAAAGCAACGUUAGGUUAUUGUUACCCCACAAAACUAGAUGAUGAUGAAUGUGAUAAAUUCAAAGUUGACGAUAAUGAUUCAUUAUCAAUUAUUGAACGAGUCAAGCAGUUGAUUCGAAAAUUUGGACCAGAAUGCAACAUGACUGAAAUUUUUAUCAGAAUUAUGGGAUUUAGUCCUAAAAUAGCAUCAAAUGAUCCAGAAAAAUAUAAAUUUAAAACUUAUAAUCCGACUCGACGAAGAAAUAUCGAUCCAUCACUUGGACAAGUAGUCGAUACAAAUAACGCUAAUCAGGAUGCAUUAAUUAAUUAUUCAUCAGAAACUUGCAUUCAAGAAUAUGAAAAUGAAAUGCGAAAAAGAACAUCCGUCGAUGUUUAA